AUGAUUCCCAGUCUCUCAUCAAAUCCAUCUGACCUUUCCUCCAACUCCCUUCAGCGAGGAAGAGCUUGCUUAGCUUGCAGAUGUGAUGGUGCUCGUCCUACAUGUGGUCAAUGUAUUCGUGGUGAUAGAAUCGAUGACUGCGAGUACACGGACGGACAGACGCGUUCUAGGACUCAGAUGCUUGAAGAUGACGUGGCUCGUCUGCAAGCCCGGAUCCAUGAGCUCGAACAUCCAGAUGAAGCACAGGCCCCUAUAGUACUGCACAAUCCGUACCAGCAAGGUUCUGGCUCGCCAGUUGGGGCCAUAUCAGCUAGUUCUACCUCUUCGGCUUCAAGUCCAGUGACGAGUGAGCCCCAAGUACUCUCAUUGGUUUAUUUCAUGCUCAUGUAUGCCAAAGCGCCUAGUAUCCACAGUAGAGCAAGUAGCGACUCGAACGUCGCGACUUCAUGGUGGAAUGUAGAAGAACCUCCCACUCACAUAGUCCAAGCUCUAAUGGACAACUUCAUUCCACAUGCUUCGGAGCUUGGGUUUUUCCUUAAUAUCUCUCGCUUUCGUGACUCUUUACUAUCUCCUGCUUCAUUCGACUAUCUUCACAGGCCUUCUCCAACCCUAUUAAACGUUCUUUUUCUCUGGAACGCUCACCUUUGCCAGUCAGAUGCCUUUGUCGCCCUCGAACCAACAUUCCUUUCACGCACCCUCAAACACCUCGCGAUUGCGUUGUCCAACAUACAAUCACACCAACUCCUUCACAUCAUUCAAGCUGAACUAUUGCUCAGCUACUACUUCCUACGCAAGGACCGCUUCCUGGAGGGCAGAUACCACUGCAGUGCUGCUGCCUCACUCGUCCUCAGUUUCAACCUUCACAAAAUCAGGAGCGUACACAGCCAAUCUGUCCCUGAAACGCUCUUUAGUAUCCGUGGAAAUGACGAAGCUGAGCUGCCUCUCCCGAGUGACACUAUUGAGGAAGGGGAGCGUAUCAACGCGUUUUGGUCCGUUUUGGUUCUCGACAAAUGCUGGGCAGUAACUUUUGGAGUGCCUUCGAACCUGUCUACGAACCCGCUUCCAGGUAUCCGGGUCGAUACUCCAUGGCCCAUGGACAUGUAUGCUUACGAAUCGGGUCAACUGGUUCCUACUGUUCAGGGUAAUGAUACAAUCCAAAACUUCCUGAGCAGUUCACCUGAUAACGCUGAUCAGGGACGCUCCUUGCUUGCUCUCCAAUGCAAAGCUGUGCUGCUACUCGAAAAAGCGACUGGACUGGCUGAGCAGUAUAACGCAGACCCAAGGUUAGGUGAUUCUUCUGAUUACCGUACGCAGUUUUGCGCUUUAGAUGAAUUCAUCGAUACUUUCCAAAAGUCGCUCCCUCGUCCGGCCCAGUUUGACAGUGCGACUCGGACACAGGCUGUCAUUAAGAUGUUGCUGAUGGUGCAUGUGAUCGCGCUUACCGCUACAGUACAGCUCCACCACAUUCUCAUGUCCCGCAAUACUGCAUCGAACCAGAAGAGCAUAAGCAGCGCUGUUGCGAUUGUCAAUAUUGUCGAUGUUGUUAAGGUGAAGGACCUGGGGUAUCUUAACCCCUUGCUAGUGAACUUGCUAGCUGCCAUUGUGCAUAUAAUUGGUAGUGAGGUCUCGAGACUACGUAGCCUUCGAGCGAACUUGGCUACAGGCCCCGCUGGACGUGGGGAGGAAAGUUUGGUGGAUGCUUUAAGAAGGCUGGUUGGUGCGCUGAUUGGCGCUACUGGUGUAUGUCCUUCGCACUUGUUUCAGCGGAAAUUUGAGGGACUUCCUCUGCUCGAAUGAACAAGUUAAUUGCUUGACUGAAUUUUUCUUCUUCUCUUUUGGAUGCAAUAUUAUUGUGUUGUGUUCGAUAGAAGCGAACUGGCUGUUCGCUACUCACAUCGUAUGCCUUCCAUUAUAUCUUUGAGAUAGUUGUAAUUUAGAGCAAAUAAUAUAUACAAUAUAAUAUAUAGAAGCGAAUGUGGAAAACUCAAAAGACAAAUGGCGGACAACCACUAUUAUUAAUAUUUACGUGUCGUAAUCUUGCCUUUCAUCUUUGCCAACCACCUCUUACCAGACGAAUUUGCGCUUGGCUUCUUUGCUGCUGACUGGCUUGUUGUUUCCUCGGAUGUAGUGUCCUCUUCAUCUGUCUCGUCCCUUUCUCUAACGGACUCAUCAUCGCUGCCAACUCUUUGGUUACGCUUGUCUUUGAUGUUUCCAUCAGUAUCACUGCUAUCUUCUUCCUCUUCGUAAUCAUCUUCAUCUUCGUCCCUUUCCUCUGCAUCCUCCUCGUCUGCGUCCUCUUCAUCCUCUGAUCUGUUACGAGCUGCUCUCACUACGUGUCUGCUUGUAGCUUGCUCGUCGUCGUCGUCGGUAUCCUGGGGUUCUUCAACCGACGAGUCAUCCUCAUCCUCAUCCACCUUAUUCUUUCCAUUCUGAUCAUGAUUACCAUCUUGUUUGCUGUUCUUUUUCAUGAUCUUGUUUGUCAUCUUCGCUAACCAGGCCCUUUUGCCGGAAGAUCUAGUCUCCCUCGAGCUCAUGUUCAUGUUCGGUUGCUUUCUCUUGUCAGAUAUAACCCUGCCAUCAUCGUCGCUACUGUCCUCCUCUGAAUCGCGCCUGGCCUCUCUCCUCGUAUACUUAUCCCUGGGAUUCCUGUCAGAAUUACUAAGAUCGCUGUCUUCAUCCUCGUCCUCUUCUUCGCUUCCCUUAUUACUUUCUGUGUAUCUGUCCCCUUUAGCGCUUCUGCCUAUCCUGUCAACCCCGUGUUUACCAUUACUUCUCUGCAGAUCCUCGUGCUGUUCGUCCUCAAUGUCAUCAGAUUCAGUAUCUGUUUCCACCCUGGUCUUCGCGUUUACUCUGGCAUUUUUACUAGCACCACCCAAGUCGGAGUCUUGAGCCCUUUCACCUGAGCCUCUGUCGUCGUCACUGACAUCUGUGACGUCAUCAGCACCGUGAGUGUCCUGUGCCUCUUCAGCUGAGCUUUCGUCAUCGUUUCUUCUGUCUCUAACACGUGCGUUCGCUCUGCUCGAUUCUCGGUUGUCCACUGAUUCGUCGUCGGCUGCCUCUUCAUCCAAGCCACUCUCUUCCCCCUCUUCCCCAUCUUCUGAUGCCUUGGUCCUAAACUUACACUCGGCACAAUUGCACAUUCUCUCGCGACUUUCCUCCCUUCCUCGCCCUCCACCGUCACCAUCGGAACUCUCGUCUUCCUCCUCUUUUUCAACAUCGCCCUCUUCUUUCUCAGAAUACUCAUCGCUAUCUU